UCUCGCAUCGUUUCAGUGAGUCGACAACAAAAACACUCAAAGAAAUAAUCCAGUAUUUCAAGACARCGGCAGCAUCGAAUAUUACUACCACUGAUAAAAGACUGUGAAACGAGSUUUCCAAACCAAGCAAAACAAGUUUUAGUGCUCAGCAGAAAUGAUGGUAAUGGAGUAUUAAGAAAGUCAACUCCAGCUUUAUUUUCAUUUGUGUAUAUGCCGUUUGUGAGAGGGUUUCUGCCUGAAAUACAUUGACCAUGGAUCAGACAAGUAUUAGCCUUCUCGAAGAACAUUUAGCAAUGGCUACUUACUUUGGCCUGCAUGACAGCCAGAUGAUGCUCUUUCAACAGUUGGGAAAUUGCUAUCAUGCAUCAGGAGAAUAUCGCAAGGCCAUUGAAUAUCAUGAAAAGAGUCUUAGCAUUGCUAAAGACAUUGGUAACAAAAUAGGCCAAGGAACAAGUUACUCAAGCUUAGGAAAUGCCUAUAACUCCUUGGGACAAUAUGCGGAAGCAAUUGCACAUUUUGAAAGGGGCCUUGAUGUUGCUAAAGAGAUUUGUAACAAAGCUGGAGAAGCAAUCUGUUUCCACAACUUAGGAAAUGCUUUGGGCUCAAUAGGAGAGUAUCAUAAAGCUAUUCGAAAUCUUGAAGAAAGCCUCCGAAUCAAAAUAGAGAUUGGUAACCGAGCGGGAGAAGGAAGAAGCUAUGAAAGCUUAGGAAAUGCACAUCACUCCUUGGGACAAUACCACAAGGCCAUUGAAUAUCAUGAAAAGAGCCUUGGUAUUGCUAAAGAGAUUGGUAACAGAGCGGGAGAAGGAAAAGCUUACAAAAGCUUAGGGAGUGUCCAUGACUCCUUAAAACAGUACAAGACGUCAAUUGAAUACUAUGAAAAGGGUCUUGACAUUGCUAAGGAGAUUGGUGACAGGAAAGAAGAAUCAAGCUGUUACAGAAUCUUAGGAAACGCCUAUCUACCAUUAGGAGAAUAUCAAAAAGCAAUUGGAUAUUGUGUAAAGAGUCUUGAAAUAGCUAAAGAAAUUAAAGAUAGAAAAGAAGAAGGAAGUUGCUAUGGAAUCUUAGGAAACGCCUAUCUACCAUUAGGAGAAUAUCACAAAGCAAUUGRAWWUGGUGAACRGAGCCUUAGAAUUGCCAAAGAGUUCGGUGACUUUGAAGAAGAAGCAAGCUGUUAUGAAAUYUUAGGAAAUGCCUAUCAGUCAUUAGCAGAAUAUCACAAGGCCAUUGAAUAUCAAGAAAAGAGCCUUAAAAUUCAUAAAGAUCUUGGAAACAGGGAGGGAGAAGGAAGCUGCUGCGGAAACUUAGGAMGAAUCUAUGAGUCAUUAGGUGACUAUCACAAGGCAUUUCAGUAUCAUGAAAAGAGUAUUGAUAUUGCUAAAGCCGUUAAUAACAGAGUGGGAGAAGGAAUCAGUUACGGAAACUUGGGAAGGGCCUAUCAAUCACUUGGGGAAUAUCACAAAGCCAUCGAAUAUCAUGAAAAGAGCCUUAGCAUUGCUAAAGAUACCAGUAACAGGGAGGCAGAGGCAAGCUGUUAUGGCAACUUAGGAAAUGCCUAUCAGUCACUAAGGGAUUAUUGCAAAGCAAUUGAACAUUAUGAAAAAGCUCUUACAAUUGCUAAAGACACUAGCAACAGGGCAACUGAAGGAGAACUUUACGGAGAUUUAGGAAGUGUUUAUUACUCCAUGGGRCAAACUSUCAAGGCAAAUAGUUAUUAUGAAAGAAGCCUUAGCAUAGCCAAAGACAUUGGUAACAGRGCAGGAGAAGGAAGAAGAUACACAGACAUAGGAAAUGCCUACGAUGCUACUGGACAAUAUCCCAAAGCCAUCGAAUUUCAUGAAAAGAGCCUUGAUAUUGCUAAAGAGAUUGGCAACACGGCUGGAGAAGCAAGAUGCUACGYAAACUUAGGAAAUGUCUACCAAUCAACAGGUGAAUAUCACAAGGCCAUUGAAUGUCAUGAAAAGAGUCUAAGAAUUGCUAAUGAGAUUGGUASCAGGGAAAUAAAAGGAAUCAGUUACGGRAACUUAGGAAAUGCCUAUAGCUCACUAGGAGAAUAUCACAAGUCCAUUGGAUAUCAUGAAGAGAGCCUUAAUGUUGCUAAAGAGACUGGUAUGAGAGAAGGAGAAGCAGACUCCUAUGGAAACCUAGGGAAUGCCUAUCAGUCAUUAGGUAAUUACCAAAUGGCAAUUGAAUAUCACGAAAAGAGCCUUAGCAUUAAAAAAGAAAUCGGUUGCAGAGCGAAGAUAGGAAAUAGUUACAUAAACUUAGGAAAUGCUUAUGACUCCUUGGGAAAUCAUCACAAGUCCAUUGAAUAUCAUGAACUUAGCCUUAAUAUCGCCAAAGCCCUUGGUAACAGAGAAGGAGAAGGAAGCAGUUAUGGAAACUUAGGAAAUUCUUAUCAAUCACUAGGGGAAUAUCUCAAGGCAAUUGAUUUUCAUGAAAAGUGCCUUAACAUUGCUAAAGAGAUUGGCAACACUGCGGGAGAAGGAAGAGGUUACGGAAGCUUAGGCGAUGCCUAUCAGUCAUUAGCACAAUAUCAAAAAGCARUUGAGUGCUAUGAAAUGAGYCUGAGCAUUGCUAAAGAAAUUGGCGACAGAAAGUGUGAAUCAACUAUCUAUCAUAACAUUGGAGUUUGCUACGCAUCUGAAUCUUCAUUUAAAGACCACAGAAAAUCCGAAGCGCACCUCAAAAACAGUAUUGAAUGCCAUGAAAAACUGUUUGAUGACUUAAAAGAAAAAGACCAAUUCAAGAUAUMUUUUCUAGAUACUUAUAUCCAMAGCUACAAGCUUYUUAGCGAAGUUCAACUCCAGAUGAAACAGCUCGAACAAGCUCUGCUGGUGUGUGAACGUGGACGAGCCCGUUCUUUAAGAGAUAUCUUACGYGUGAAGUACAACUCGACUAUGAAACCUUCAUUACAUCAGAGAUCACUAGAUCUGGAUGAUGUUAAAACAAUCUCUUCAAGAAGUGGUGCCUGUAUUCUUUUCUACGAUCUUCACUGUAAUAAAGUGAGUGCUCGUUUUUGGAUUAUAUCUUCGGAGUCCAACUCCAUUUCUGUUUACGAUGAGAUUGCCGAGCGAGAAGCUUUGACAAAAAUAGAAUCGAAUCUAUCAGAUGAAGAUUUACAUAGCAUUGGAAAUGGACUUGUUCAAAACCUUGUUGAAAAGGCCUUUCCCAUAAUCAAAGGUCGCGAACAAAUAAGAUGCGAGGAUCGAUCGCUGGAUUCUCUCAUGAGUAAUGAAGUGGAAUCUGUGCCCUCCAAAACCGCUUCAAAACCAAGUGAAACUGCGUCCGAGAAUUACAGAGAAGUUAUGAGAUGGAUAUACACGGUUGAAGACGACGAAAAGCCAGUAGAGAUGCUGUUUGAUAGAUUUCUCUCUCCAGUGCUGGAUAAGCUAACUACUGAGGAAAUUGUCAUUAUUCCUGAUGGCUCUCUGUUUAUGGUGCCAUUCGCUGGUCUACAAGAUCCAAAGACGGGUAAGUUUCUGUCUGAAACCAAACGCCUUCGCCUGGCUCCUUCUCUGACGACUUUAAAAAUUCUACAAGAGUCUUCAGAUGAUCACCACCACAAGUCAGGAGCACUGAUCAUUGGAGAYCCUGCUGUCGGACAAGUCAUGUAUAGAGGGAUAAAGAGAGAUAUCUAUCGUUUGCAAGGUGCAAUGAUUGAAGCUUURGAAAUAGGUGAACUCCUCGGAGUAGAACCUCUGAUAAGAGAGCAAGCAACAAAAGAAGCAAUCCUAACAAAACUGCAACAUGGUGUGUCUGUCAUCCACUUUGCGGCUCAUGGUAGCGCGAAAAACGGAGAGAUUUUUCUUGCUCCAUCACAACCUUCAACAGACAACACCAUACCAGAGGAGAAGGACUACAUGUUGACAAUGAAAGAAGUACAAGAGAGUGGAAGUCGUGCCCAACUCGUUGUGCUCAGCUGCUGUCACAGUGGUCGAGGAGAGAUCAAGUCAGAGGGAAUCGUGGGAAUGACUCGAGCAUUCCUGGCUGCAGGAGCCCGUGCCGUGGUAGCGUCAUUGUGGGCAAUUGAUGAUCAAGCUACUAGGUUCUUUAUGGUGAAAUUCUAUUCACAUCUAAAGAGAGGAGAGAGUGCCAGUAGGAGCCUACAGCAAGCAAUGAAGGAGAUGAGAGAAACAGAGAUGUACAAGGAACCAAAGUACUGGGCUGCCUUCUUCCUCAUUGGAGAUGACGUCACCAUCGAUUUGUAAUCAAACAUUUGCUGGUGCUUGCGAUUUCUCAUUUAAGCAUAGUKUGGGUUUUUAUCUAGUUAACGUUGUUUCCAUAAAGGGGAGCACACGUUAACGUCAUUCGUAAGUUUAUAGCAGUUUUAGGUCUGGUGUAUGACACCACGCAUUUUAUAGAUAGAUAGAUUUAGCAUGUUAGCAUGAUUUAGCAUUUUUAUUCAGAUAAAUUUGAAUUACAGGAGAGUCAGCAUCAUCAAUUUAACUGAUCACAAAAGGAAUGGAAACAAGUCCUAAAGGUAGUGCAAGAGUUUAGAUUGCAAAUAGAGUGUACGCCACAUAAGUGUGAAACAAUUCUUAACUAAUUAGCGCUUGAUAAGGUUUAGUUAUCAACGGUCUAAAGGCUGAUUUACACGGUACGAUUUGUCGCGCGCGACUUGUAGUAUACGACGUGAA